AUGGAGCCCUCCCUGCAUACCUGGUUGGGCAGCUUAACUGCUCACCUGUUUACUGCAAAACAGCUUCACAUGCUUGAAAUUGCUGUCAGCAUGAUAAAGACCAAGUACCCUUCCUUCGAAGUUGCGCCAUCGCCGCAAAGGAUAUAUCCAGACCUUGAUUAUUUCAACGAUAUGCAGAUUGUAACAGCCUGCUCUGCGCAACAGCCAUCAAAGCUCACGGAAAUAGUUGUUCCUGUUUUGCACGAAUAUCUGAGCCCAGAUGGAGCUAUAAAUUCAAGAAUGUUUCAAGACUAUGUUGAGCUUCUAUCAUAUUCUUUACCUAACGAAUACUUUAUUGAAGAUCCUCGAGGCAGACAUGCCAACUCAACCGUGCCAGAGUUUAUUAGACAAGAGCGCAUCAACAAUACGAUAUUAUGGCCUUUUUUCAAAGGUGAUGAGCACGCCCUUGCUGUAGUAUAUCCAGAUGCAAUCCACUGGCUCUCAUGGAAUGACCACGCAGUUCCUGAUGAAGUCCUAGGCUCUGCGAAGACGCUCCGAAGGCGCUCACUCCCCCUCAUAAAGCUGCAGCCUCAGGCGGUAGAGCCAGAAAGCUCUGGCUGGAUGGUUUUACAUGCCAUGCAACGAAUCCUGGCUGGUCAUCCAGUUGUGGACUUUUCAGACCUCACAGCACCAGCCCGGGAAACAGCGCUAACUCGUUUCAGGUGUGAGGUUCUGGCAGCGACCCGAGCUAGGACACUAAAGCCAACCGAAGAAGACUUCGCGAACUUGAUACAUGACGUUGAUCGAACAGAGUUUUUUGACAAUGCCAUGUACGCCAUGGAUGACAUGUUCGUAACUGAUCACAAUCACAACUCUCCAAAUGUCAUUGAGCCAUGGCACAAGAUGUCUCAGAAGAUCGCCAUGGCGCUCUGGCUGUACAAAAUGUUUCGGAAAUUCUUCAAGAUUCUUCUUUGUCCUGCUCCAGCCAAGACGCUCCAGAAAUUCGACCUAGUUGCCGCAGGUCGCGCCGACCGGCUCAAAUAUUGGACUACAGAAGAAUUAUUCUGA